AUGUCAACCAUUCAACUUAACAACAACACCAAAAUCCCCGUCUUAGGUCUCGGAACCUGGCAAUCCUCCCCAGAAGAAGUCUACACCGCCGUUCUUCACGCCUUAAAAACCGGCUAUCGCCACAUCGACACCGCCUUCGCCUAUGAUAAUGAAGAAAGUAUCGGUCGUGCCAUUCAUGACCUGGGAAUCCCUCGUGAUGAACUCUUCAUAACUACCAAAUUAUGGUGUACUUAUCAUCAAGUCCCUCAAGAAGGGUUGAAGGAGAGUUUGAAGAGAUUGGGGUUGGAAUAUGUGGAUUUAUAUCUUAUGCAUUGGCCUGUUCCUUUGAAUCCCAAGGGAAAUGACCCAAAGUUUCCUACAUUACCGGAUGGAAAUCGUGAUAUUGUAGAAGGGUGGGAUUUUGUGAAGACUUGGGAAAAGAUGCAAGAAUUGGUUGGAAAUGGGACUAAAUCUGUUGGAGUUUCGAAUUUUGAUGUUGAGAAUUUGGAAAGGUUGUUAGAGGCACCUCUGACUAAGAUUGUCCCCGUUGCUAAUCAAGUGGAAUUACAUCCUCAUUUACCACAACAUAAAUUGUUGAAAUUUGCUAAAGCAAAAGGAAUUGUGUUGGAAGCUUAUAGUCCAUUAGGUUCGACUAAUUCUCCGCUUUUGACUGAGCCUGAAUUGGUGAAGAUUGCAGAAAAGUAUCAAGUUAGUACUGCCACUAUUUUGAUUUCUUGGGCUAUUUGGAGAGGUACUGUUGUUUUACCAAAAUCAAUUACUCCAAAACGUAUUGAAAGUAAUUUUAAGACUGUUAAAUUGGAUGAUGUUGAUGGGAAGACAAUUGAUGAUUUACAUAAGACCAUUGGAAUUAAGAGAUUUAUUAAUCCAAAUUGGUAUCCUGUGACUGUUUUCCAUGGUGAUGAAUAG